GAAGGCGGCGGUCCGCCAUUUCGUGGACGCCAGGUCAGCGAGAGCAUCUGCGGGAGCCGGGGGGGACCGGAGUGGGAAGCGGGAAGACCCAUCCGAGGGUGUGUGGAUUUGAGCGUCCGCAUUCUAACCCCAGAUUUCGAAAUGCAUCGUGAUUCCUGUCCAUUGGACUGUAAAGUGUACGUCGGUAAUCUGGGAAACAAUGGUAACAAGACUGAACUGGAACGAGCUUUUGGCUAUUAUGGACCACUCCGAAGUGUGUGGGUUGCUAGAAACCCUCCCGGCUUCGCUUUUGUUGAAUUUGAAGAUCCCCGAGAUGCAGCUGAUGCUGUCCGAGAGCUAGAUGGGAGAACGCUAUGUGGCUGCCGAGUAAGGGUGGAACUCUCGAAUGGUGAAAAGAGAAGUAGAAAUCGUGGCCCACCUCCUUCUUGGGGUCGUCGCCCUCGAGAUGAUUAUCGGAGAAGGAGUCCUCCACCUCGUCGCAGAUCUCCAAGACGGAGAAGCUUCUCCCGUAGCCGGAGCAGGUCCCUUUCUAGAGAUAGGAGGAGAGAGAGAUCACUGUCUCGGGAGAGAAAUCACAAGCCGUCCCGAUCCUUCUCUAGGUCUCGUAGCCGAUCUAGGUCAAAUGAAAGGAAAUAGAAGACCAGUUUGCAAGAGGAGUGGUGUACAGGAAAUAACUUCAUUUGACAGGAGUAUGUACAGAAAAUUCAAGUUUUGUUUGAGACUUCAUAAGCUUGGUGCAUUAAGAUGUUUUAGCUGUUCACCUUUGUCUGUCUCUUGGAACAGUGUCACAUAAAGAUGUAAUUCUCUAUGAUUUGAAUGGAUCAUAUGAGGCAUGUAAUAUUAAGAAUUGUUACUUUACAAUGUUCCCUUAAGCAAAAUUGAAUUUGCUUUUUAGUCUUACAUAGAUUGAUAAUAAACCUCUUAUUAAUUCCUGCCCAGCUAAAGCUUGACAUUUCACAUUAUGAAGACAAAACUAGUAAAAAUUCAACAAAGUUUUUCCGUAGCUGAGAUCGUAAUUGAAUAAGCAGUCUUUAAAAGCUGCUGUGAACACAAGCCAGCAGAUAAAAAUUAAGCUGCACUGUGGGACUAGGUUAGAGGUUUAAAAUUAAGAAAAAGAAUCCAACUAGUCUUUGUACUGGGCAGAGGUGGUCCAGUUGGUGUAGAAUUGGAAGUUUCUUGUCAAGAAAGUUUUACUUUUGCUUUAGGUCAUAAGUUCAUUCUUAACACAAUUGCUGUAUAUGAACACACAGCUCUUUGUAAACAUUGUGUCUUUGGAAAUUUGAAACUAUUCAAGAUAUCAAUGUCCUGCCAGUUUAAGGGUACAUUGUAGAGCUGAACUUUGAGUUACUGUGCAAGAUUUUUUUUCAUGCUGUCAUUUGUAAUAUGUUUGUGAGAAUCCUUGGGAUUAAAGUUUUGGUUACAAAUUGUUGUUUAACCUGAAAGCCUGUUUUUCCUUGCAAAACUAAAAUCUGUGAGCUUGGUAUCAAGUCCAGGUAUAACAUUCCUAUUGGAAGCCAUACUUCUAUUUUCUUGUAAAGUGCUUUUGAAUUAAUAAAAUAUUAGCAUAAUUGUGUAAUAGUCAAACCCA